UUCUAGCCGUCUGGUGUGCAAAUCAACUUGUUCGCAUUAAAUGGUGAGGCUCGGUCUCUGCUUUCUUCAAAACCUGUGAGAGAUAGGCCACCAUCAUGGGGGAGUGGUCCUUCCUAUCUGAUAUGUUGGACAAGGUCGAAUCUCAUUCGACUUUAUUGGGCAAGGUCUGGAUGAGCGUUCUUUUCAUCUUCAGGAUCUUCAUUCUUGCAGCUGGCGUGGAUAGAAUAUGGGGAGAUGAACAGUCAAACAUGGACUGCAACACCAAUAGCCCUGGCUGCAAGAAUGCUUGCUACGACGCGUCGUUCCCCAUAUCUCACACACGCUUCUGGGUCCUCCAGAUCCUCACUGUCUCAACACCGACUUUCAUCUACCUGGGUCAAGUCUUGCUUGUUAUUCGCAAAGAGAACAAGCUCAGAAGACACCUGCAGCAAAAAUGUGACUCAAAUCGGAUGAUCAAAACUCCCAAAUAUUCGGACGAACGUGGAAAGGUGCACCUCAAAGGUUUCCUGUUGGUUAGCUAUAUAUUGCAGCUUAUCUUCAAAAUACUGCUGGAAGUGGCCUUCAUUGUGGGCCAGUACUUCAUUUAUGGCUUCAUCCUCAUGCCUGACGUGAUCACAUUCAAAGGCGGGAGCUGUCGAACUGACACAAACUGCUACAUCAGUCGUCCGACGGAAAAAAAUGUGUUCAUCAUCUUUAUGUUGGCGAUGGGUGUCCUGUCUGUUUUACUCAACAUUGUGGAAAUAUUCCAACUGAUGGUAUCAAAGAUGAAACACAGGGAAAGGAAGAGCUUUGGUUCAAUUUGACAAAUUAACAUUAAAGUAGGGGGAAAGUCACUUUUACAAUUUCAAUAUGUAGUUUUCAAUUGUUCGCUAAUUGAAACAAAACUUUGUUCCGUAUUAUAAAGAUAAGAAUUAAAAUUGUCGACUGUUAUAAUCUGGUAAUACUGUUUGUACAGCAAAGUGAGCAUCGCAACUAGUUUACAUCUCAGCACUGAGUGUUUUAUAUUUUCUUUUGACUUAAUCAUAUAGUUGCACACAUUAUGAAGGAUUUUGUGUGAUUUUGUCACAAAUUCUUGUCAUUUGACAAAAUGGAGGUGCAGGGUUUUGCCAUACUGUGUAUGGCCACUAUGUUUGAUAAACUGUAUUGGCCCGAAUAUAAGACAGUGUUUUUUGCAUUGAAAUAAGACUGAAAAAGCGGGGAUCGUCUUAUAUUCGCGGUCUAGACAUUAUACCCAUUCACAACGCUAGAUGGCGCCAGAUAUCAUUGAAGCGAUCUUCUGUCAUGACAGAUCUCAGCUACUCUCAAAUUUAACCAGUUUGCAUUAUUUUAUUGCAAUGUUUUUCCUUAUUCAGAUUUGUUUCAAGACAACAGUUGCAGUUAGACUUCACUUUGAUGGUUAAUGCAGUUAUUGCAAUUUUGUUGUUUUAUCACAAUAGAUUGGUUUAUUUGCAUUUCAAAAACCAGAAGCCAUUUAUUUACGAAUGUGAUUGCACUUUAGUUUACGUAUUUAAAUGUUCAGAUAAAGAGAUUUGAAUGAGGCAAAAUAAAAUGCUUUUUCUCUACAAAUAUUUUGUUAUAAUCAAGUUUCAGAUGUACUGUAAUUAUUAAUUUGGUGUUCAAAAAGUCUUUUUUCAAACUUGAGUCUUGAAAAAGAGGGGGUCGUCUUAUAAUCAGGGCCGUCUUAUAUUCGGGGCCAAUACGGUAUUACUCAACAUCUAGGUGGGUAGAUUAGCCAAUUUUUUUUUACUUCAAAUUGUUACUUCAAAGUAUUGCUGAAGUAAAAGUAAUCAUUCUAAAAAUUUACUCGCAGUACUUUCACGCGGUCAUGUGACUAUAUUGUUAUAUUUGAUUGGUGAUUAUUGUUGCAACGUCUCAUUGGUGAAACUGGCCGAGCCACUGUGGUUAUUUCAAUAAGUAACAUCUAAUAGAAUUAACAGGCAAAAUUUAAUGACUCUAGAGUAAGAGUAGUGGGAUAGACUUUAUUAGUCAUUGACACCAACAGAUGACAACGAAAUUGCAUUCGAUGAGUGAACAUCGGGCCACUGCAGACGUUCUGCGCCGCCAACUUCUCUCUCUUCUUCGGAAAUUACAGAGCAAUUACAGAGCAGUUACAGAAGUUGCAGUACACACAUAUGCAACAUAGAAGGGAUAGAACACGACGCACAGGUCACGUGCAGGGAUUUUUGUACGUAAAAA